UCUGAGCUCUUCACUCUGACCUAUGGAGCUCUUGUCACCCAGCUGUGCAAGGACUAUGAAAAUGAUGAAGAUGUGAAUAAGCAGCUGGACAAAAUGGGCUAUAACAUUGGAGUCCGACUGAUUGAAGAUUUUUUGGCACGGUCAAAUGUCGGGAGAUGCCAUGACUUUCGGGAAACUGCAGAUGUCAUUGCCAAGGUGGCGUUCAAGAUGUACCUGGGUAUCACUCCAAGCAUCACUAAUUGGAGUCCAGCUGGUGACGAAUUCUCCCUCAUUUUGGAAAAUAACCCUUUGGUGGACUUUGUGGAACUUCCUGAUAACCACUCAUCCCUUAUUUAUUCCAAUCUCUUGUGUGGGGUGUUACGGGGAGCCUUGGAGAUGGUCCAGAUGGCUGUGGAGGCCAAGUUUGUCCAGGAUACCCUGAAAGGAGAUGGUGUGACAGAAAUCCGAAUGAGGUUCAUCAGACGGAUUGAAGACAAUCUCCCAGCUGGAGAAGAAUGACCAUCCCCAGGACUUGUGGGUAGCCAGCAGGAGCAUUUGCUGGAAUCAGAAAGGCUCCAUCCACCAGUUGCUCCCUGGAACUCAGUGACUCUUCAGUGUGGAUGUUAUAUAUUCUUUGUUUCCAUUCUCCAUGCUAAUAAAGAGCAGACUGAUACAGUCCAUUUAUCCCACAAGUAUGCACAUUCAGAAGGGAAAUUCUUUGCUCCCUUUCCCUUCAAAGGGGCUGAAUAUAAUUGUCCUUGGUUGGACUAGAAAGAGCUCAAACCAUUUUACAUUCCUGUGAAUUUUCCAAUGCAAAACCCACUUUGACCCCAUUAAGAGACAAGCCUGGCACAUCUAUUCCUAGGCCUUCAUAAAGCCAUUGGCAAAUGGCUGUAGGGAAUAUGGGGUCGUGGGGGGAGGCAGGAGGGCUGGGAGGUAGAAAUUGCUAGCCGUAGCGUGACAUGCUGUAGUGCCUGCCAGGAAAUGGGGGCCAGUUAUGCUGGAAACACCGACUUCUGGGAAGCCACCCAGGUCUCAUUCCUCCCUGCUGUUUGGAGGCAACAUCUCCUCUUUUUACAGAGGGUCCAUCCUUUUUCUUACAAAUUCUUCAAUAAAGACACAUUCUUGAGUGAAAUCCUGAUCA